AUGUCGUGCGGGCUGCAGGCUGAGAUUUUUGUUAAAGUUCUUCAGAGUGAAGAGUAUGAAGAAAUGGAAGAUAAAACUGUGAUGGCCAUGGGGAUCCUGCAUACAAUUGACACAAUCCUAACUGUGGUGCAGGAUCACAAGGAGAUAACUCAACAACUGGAGAGCAUUUGCCUGCAAAUCAUUGGUCUUGUCUUACAGAAGCAUGUAAUAGAGUUCUACGAAGAAAUUCUCUCUCUGGCGUACAGCUUGACAUGCCAUCUUAUUUCACCCCAAAUGUGGCACCUCCUGGGUGUCUUAUACGAGGUGUUUCAACAGGAUUGCUUUGAGUACUUUGCAGACUCUCAUAAGGAGUGUGGAGUAGAGUCAAUGAAAAAAAAUAUAGAAGAUACAUCAGAUAUGGAUCAGACAAG